UAGGCCAAGGACGCUCAAGCUCACAGGAAGGAGGAAGAGCUGCUGAAAAGCGGUCAGGCGGCAGAAGUGUGAUGCUGGGCAGCGAGGACAAAGCAAAGGCCGGGCACAGGGAGGGAGGCAGGGGAGCCGCUCAUCCUAAAGCACAGCAGCCUCUGAGGAAUUUAGGUGUCCAGGAUGACAGAGAUGUACAAACAAUGCUGCAAGGCUCCAUCAUGUUAAAGCUGCGUUCCCCUCGCUGGCAGAGGAGAUGCAUGCUUAAGCUACAGGAUGAUGGUGUCACAGUGCGUUGUGAAUCCAAUGGUACCUUCAGCAAGACCAAAACCUUCUCGGUAAUGGAGGUGGAGUGUGUGCGUGAGGGCUGUCAGUCAGAGACCCUGCGCAGGCUGGCUGGCUCUGUCCCUGAGGAACAGUGUCUGACUAUCAUCUUUAAGGGCGGGAAGAAGAGUUUGGACUUGCAAUGUCAAAGUAUAGAGGAAGCCCAGCACUGGGCUCGGGGGAUCUGCAUCCUGCAAGACCGAAUCAACAACAUGAGUCAUACCGAGAAACUUGACCACUGGAUACAUGGCUACCUAAGGCAGGCAGAUUUAAACCAGGAUGGGAAGAUGACUUAUGAAGAAGUGCAGACGCUCCUCCAGAUGAUCAACAUAGACCUUGAUGAGCAAUACGCCCUGAGAUUGUUCAAGAAAUGUGACCGGUCAGCAGACAAUCGCCUGGACCACAGUGAGAUUGAACUGUUUUGUCGUGAACUGUUGCGUCGACCCGAGCUAGAUGCAGUGUUCCAGGAAUACUCCUCCAAUGGCCGUGUGCUGUCCACGGUGGACCUGCGUGACUUUCUAAAAGACCAAGGAGAAGACAACACCCUUAUCCAUGCACAGAGUCUCAUCCUCAGCUAUGAACUCAACGAAUGGGCUCGGAAAAAUCAGCUCAUGACAGCCAACGGUUUCACCAUGUACAUGCUGUCGAAGGAGAAUGUCGUGUUCGAUCCAGAGCAUGGCAGAGUGUAUCAGGAUAUGAGCCGACCACUCAGUCACUACUUUAUCUCCUCUUCCCACAACACCUACCUUACCAAAGACCAGGUCAUGGGCGAGAGCAGUGCCGAGCCAUAUAUCCGAGCUCUUAGCCACGGCUGCCGCUGUGUUGAGCUCGAUUGCUGGGAUGGAGAAAGAGAACCGGUUAUUUAUCAUGGCCACACCCUUACUUCCAAAGUACCUUUCAGAGAGGUGGUGGAAGCCAUUGCUGAAUAUGCGUUUAAGGCCUCUCCGUACCCUCUGAUUCUGUCUCUGGAGAAUCACUGCUCAGUUGAACAACAGGCAGUCAUGGCCCAGCAGCUGCGCUCUAUCCUGGGGGAUAAAUUGCUCACUAAGCCCCUUAACAAUCACCAGUGUGACAGCCUUCCCUCACCAGAGGAGCUGAAAGGGAAAAUCCUGGUAAAGGGAAAGAAGGAGCGAAUGGAGCAAGAGAGCUCCAGCUCAUCUGAGACCAGCUGCUCUGAAGACGAGAGUAAAGCCGAGGGAAAAGUCAGGGCAAAAAAAGAAAGCAAGAAGUGUAUGUGUGCUUCUUCUCCGAAGGUGUUGAAGCUCAGUCCAGAGCUGUCUAACCUGGUAGUGUACACACGCAGCGUUCCUUUUAAAGGCUUUGAUCAGGCAGCCAAGAGACCUUCUAAUGAGAUGUCCUCCUUCUCUGAAAGCAAGGCUCUUAAACAUAUCAAAAACUCAGGUAAGGUCUUUGUGCGGCAUAACACCUGCCAUCUGAGCAGGAUCUACCCAUCUGCUCAACGGCUGCAGUCCUCCAACUACAACCCUCAGGACAUGUGGAAUGCUGGCUGCCAGAUUGUGGCACUAAACUUCCAGACACAUGGAGAACAGAUGGAUCUAAAUCAGGGGCGUUUCUUACCCAACGGACGUUGCGGAUAUGUACUAAAGCCCAGCUUUCUGUGCCAGCCUGACUCCGAAUUCAAUCCUGAAAACACUGGGGGAGGACCAGGACACAACCCUACUCUCCUCAUUAUUAAGGUCAUCUCAGCCCAGCAGCUACCUAAGCCAAACAUGGAGAAACUCAACUCUAUUGUGGACCCUCUGGUCUGGGUGGAGACUCACGGGGCUCCCAUAGACAACAACAAGAAAAAGACACACCGCAUUGACAAUAACGGCUUUAACCCCAGGUGGGACUGCACCUUUAAGUUUGUGUUGCAUGUGCCAGAACUGGUCCUAGUUCGUUUUGUAGUGGAGGACCAUGACUACACGGCACGAAAUGAAUUUCUGGGCCAGUUUACUCUACCUUUCACCAGCAUGCGUACAGGUUACAGACAUGUGCGGCUACUGAGAGCAGACGGUUCAAGCCUCUCUCCUGCAAGCCUCUUCAUUCAUGUCAAGGUCACACCCAAUUACAGCAGCCACAAGCACGUCGCCUCAACCAAAGCUUAGCCGAACACAGGAAAUAUAAUCAUGUAGCACCUGGACUACUGACUGGGUUACAACGGUUGAUAUUGAUGUAUAGUAAUAAUGACCUUAUUUAUAUACGAUGUGUGUGUUAUUGUUUAUUCUUUAAACAUGGACUCACUGAGAAACAUUUAAUACAAAUUAAUCACAGAGACUAAAUACAAGAAGCCAGGGGGUUUUCAGGCCCAGUAUUCCCCUAGGAGAUUACAUGCAUUAACGAAGGAGCUUAAAACAGGUCAGGAUAUUUAUUAUGUAAUGAUCUGUAUAAUGUCUUUAGAAAUGAUGAAGUAAUACAAUAGGUUUCUCUUAUGAUUUUUUUUUUCUUAUGUAACGUGUCAAAUGUAGCAGUAUCUAUUAAUAGCCUUUAGGCUUCUCUACCUAUGCAACUGAAAAAUCCUAUUUUUUAAAAUGACACUGUGCUUUAACUGAACAGAAUGAUGUUUUGAGUAAAUGUGGUGCUUGUGGAUUGUAAAUGCAGCCUUUUUUGUCUUGAUUGCAGGGAGACAGUUCUGCCUGUUGGCAGUUUGACAGUGAAAACACUGAAAUUGGAUAUGAAAAUGUGUUUCACUAAAAUGUACCGUCCAGUUCAAACCUUUCAGGGCUGAUAUAAACUAUGCUUUUUAUUUUAUAUAACUUGUAAAAAGAUUACUGCUGAAGUUAAAGCUAAGAUAAAGAAUGGGGUUCUACAUGACCAUGAUG